AUGGGAAAGUUCACAAGUAACAUGAAAUACAUUACCCUCUACGCCAGCAUCCUUGCGCUGGCUUCCGUUGCAUUGGCCUCAGGCAAGCAGCCAUGCUACAACCACGCCGACCCUGACGUCGUCGUGACUGUGCUGAUGACUGCCAGUGGCCUGCCUAACUACUGCGCUUGCAACGACGGUACCUGUUGGGCAAUCUCGAGUCAUGACUGCAACCCAACCUCGAAUGUGCGACUCAAUCCAUGCCCACUGGGAGAUCCCUAA